AAAGAAGAAAAGCCGGCAGCCUCGCAUCGGGCGCGAAGAAGAAGAAACAUCCCUGCAAGGAAACAUGGCUGCCGCCGGGUGUGAGCACUAUGUCCGCAGCUGCUUAUUGAAAGCCCCGUGUUGUGGUAAACUGUACGUGUGCCGGCUGUGCCAUGAUGCAGAGGAGAUCCACCAGAUGGAUCGAUUCAAAGUCCGAGAGGUGCAGUGCUCAGAGUGUCUGACUGUGCAGCAGGCGCAGCAGACUUGCCAGCAGUGUCACGUGCAGUUCGGGGAGUAUUACUGUGAUAUUUGCCACUUAUUCGACAAGGAUAAGAAGCAGUACCACUGUCAACCUUGUGGAAUAUGCAGGAUUGGCCCCAGGGAGAAAUAUUUCCAUUGUGACAAGUGCAAUCUGUGUUUAGCUCACGAUCUACAGGGAAACCACAAGUGUGUUGAAAAUGUGUCAAGGCAGAACUGCCCAGUGUGUAUGGAGGAUAUUCACACGUCCAGAAUUGGAGCUCAAGUUCUACCAUGUGGUCAUCUGUUACACAAGACCUGCUUUGAUGCCAUGGUCAGAACAGGAGCGUAUCGCUGCCCUCUGUGUAUGCACUCUGCCUGGGCCAUGGUGGACCACUGGGAACAGAUCGACGUAGAGAUCGCUCAGUCACCGAUGCCCACUGAAUACCAGGGUGCUACUGUCAAAAUUAUAUGUAACGACUGCCAAGCUCACUGCACGGUGCCUUUCCAUGUGCUGGGUAUGAAGUGCAGCGGCUGUGGCUCCUACAACACGGCACAGGAGGGAGGACUCAUCCAGCAGCUUCAACCACCACAACAACAGCCAGAGCAGGAGGUUGAGGCUGAGGCUGAGGCUGAGGCUGAGGCAGACACAGACACAGAGCCCGAGCAGCAAGAUCAACCUGAGUAACUCGUGCCACAUUAUCAGUUCAACCAAAAUGAGUUUGACUGGUCCCCUUCAUUGUUGAAAUUGUAUUGAUUGCAACAGGUGGCAGAGCCAACAUUCUGUGAUUUUAUAUAUAUAUAUAUAUAUAUAUAUAUAUAUAUAUAUAUUACCAAAAAAAAUCUAUUUAUUAUCUGUAUUGGCCUAUCCUCUCCGUCCCUAGGAACCUAUCCCAGCAUGCACUGGGUGGGGAAAAAAUGUAGACCUAGGACAGGUUGCCAGUCUAAGACUUUCACAUCAUCUUACAUUAAAGCUGUUUUCAGGCAUGAACUAAACUCCAUAGAGUCUCCUGACAUUCUCCAGAGGGGCUGUAUGUGAGAAUGCAAAUGUCUGAGUGAGAGCCUGCAGACUUUCGCCUGCCAGCCCCUUAGUAAAAACUCUGGAUAAUGACGGAGUAAGUCCACGUGAGAAUAUAGCAGGAGAUCCCCUGGGGGAUUCACAUUGAGUGGGUGAUCUGAGGAUGAAAGCAUGUGAUCACCACAGCAGAAUUAGUACGUUACUUCUUGCCUAUGCCUGCUGCACCACCUCUCGCCUGAAUGCUCCGGAGAUUUCUGUGUGGCUGUGAACAAGACUUAGCGGAGAAGCUCCUGCUACCUUCUCCAUGUCACAAAGAAAGAUCUCAGCUGAGUGACAGCAUGGCACCAUGACAAAGAAAUGAACAGAUAAAAUACUUCAUGUGAGGAACUGGUGAUGAUUUUAUCACUGAACAGUAUCCGACCAGUUAUAAUUUUUUUCCGUUAAGUUCAGAGAUCGUCCCAGAAGUCCUAUUUAAAUGCCAAUAGAACAUCAAUUGACACUGUAGUAAGUCUUCACACUAACUUCACUGACAUGUUUGUAGCACAGCACAGGGCAGUGGAGGAUUUUUAAAUGUAAGACCCACACACAGGGAUUUUUAAAUGGAAUGAGUGAAAGGGAACAAGUCACAGGGCAUUUGUGUGGAGUAAAAGUACAGUACAGUAUUUACACCCCUGUACAUUUUGUUGAUUUCUGCAUGUGAGUCAGAGGGAUUAAAGAGAAAGAAUGUUUCUACUUUUGA